AUGUCUGAUGUUUUGCCUUCCUCCUUAAUAAGCUUGACUUCAUCUCUAAAGCGUUUGGGUCUCGGUGAAUGUGAAUUACAGGGGGAAUUCCCCACUGAAAUGCUUAACCUUCUUGGUCAACUUCCCUCAACGUUGUUCAAUCUCACACAACUUAUUCAUUUAGAUUUAUCAUUCAAUAGUCUUGAGGGCCCCCUUCCAACUCAAGUAAGCGGGCUUCAGAAUCUGGAAGAAUUUCGCAUGACUCAUAACUUGUUGAGUGGAGCAAUUCCAUCUUGCCUUUUUACUCUGCCAUCUUUAGAAUAUUUAGGCCUCAGUCGUAACAGGACCACAGGUCCAAUCAAUCAGAUUCAAAAGCCUAAUUCAGUUCAGCGAGUGUUUUUGGCCAAUAAUGACAUACAUGGUUCAAUUUUCAAGUGGGAAUCAGAAGGUUGGCAGCAAUUGGUCACGUUAAAUCUUUCUCACAACCUACAGACUAGUUUUGAGCAAUUUCCAGGGAAGAAUUUUAGAAUCCUUGAUCUUCGUUCUGACCUACUCCAAGGUCCUCUUCUAGCCCCACCGCCAUCAUUGCUUGAAUUCUUCAUGUCCAAAGAUCAAUUGACAGGGGAAAUCCCUCCUUUCAUUUAUAACAUGACUGCACUUGAAACUCUUGAUUUGUCUAGAAAUUACUUGGGUGGAAUUAUCCCAGCGUGCCUUGGAAAUUUCAGCUAUAUUCUCUCAACCAUAAACCUACAGAUGAACAAUUUUCAUGGCAAAAUCCCCCCGAAUUUUUGA